AUGGCGGGAGGAACAGAAGCGUUCCCGGAGCUGGGGAGGCACUGCGAGAUGGAGGAUUGCGGGCAGCUGGACUUCCUCCCCUUCGAGUGCGACGGCUGUCACAAGGUACGACGCCGCCACCGUCAUCCCGUCCCCGAUGAUCAGGAUCAUCCUCCGAAACCUGACCUUCUUCGACCGAAAUUCCUACCCUAAGUCGUAUGAUCUGAAUGAGAUCGGGAACACUGAAUCUAGGUUGCAAACCCUAAUCAAUCUUAAUCGGACCAUGAACUAAUUCAAAACCUAGACGUCCCUCCCCUAAAUCGUAUGCUCUGAAGGGGAUUGGGAAGCGUCAAUCUAGGUUACGAACCCUAAUCAAUCUUAAUCGGACCAUCAACUGAUUGAGAACCUAGACAUCCCUACUCCAAUGAUCUGAAUCAUCUGUGGAAUCUUCAAUCUAUCUCAGAAGCCCUAAUGAAUCUUAAUUCGGACUAUUGAAUGCAUUUUUUUUCAAAACCUAGACAUCUCGCUUUCUUCUGCGGCAGGUUUUCUGCAAGGAGCACAGGGCCUACGCCGGCCACGACUGCCCGAAGGCGGACCACAAGAGCCGGGUCGUCGUCGUCUGCGACGCCUGCUCGGCCUCCGUCGAGAGGCGGGGCGGGGAGGACGACAGCGCAGCCCUCGCGCGGCACGCGGGCUCCGGCGGCUGCGACCCAGGUAGGAAGCGCAGCAAGGCCAGGUGCCCCGCCAGGGGCUGCCGGGAGCAGCUCACCUUCUCCAACACCGCCCCCUGCAGGUCCUGCCACCAGCGGCUGUGCCUCAGGCACCGCUUCCCGGACACCCACUCCUGCGGCGGCGGAAGGGCGAAGCUCCUCCCGCUCGCCUUCCGGAAGAGGGAAGAGCCGCCCUCCCCGCCCCCCAUCAGGGCCUGCUGA